AUCGGGUGCCCGUGCGCCCCCCGCUGCGUCUCCGCCUCGCUGGGAUGGUCUGCGCUGCUCGUCUGAGGUGGCUUCCCGACCAAUUCGCUCAAGGUAGGCAGGUUCGUGCUCGCCUCAACUCGUACUCCGACCGCGUGACCUUCAACUUCGUCCUCCUGCCGAUCUGGGACCCCGCCAUGCUCAACAGCUUUGCGAACCACCUCGUCCAGCUCAUGCUCCAUUCACUGCAGGACGCCGUUGUGGUCGAUCAUGGCGCGCUCCUCCUGUUCGUGCUUUCGAUCAACCUGCUGGUGAAGACCCGGGUGGUCAUGACGGUGGUGAUGAACCUGGACGCGGUGGCUUUCCCCCUGGUCGUCGGCAUCGUGAUGCGCUUCGGCUGGCUCCUGAUCCUUGGCACGGUCAUGGAGGUGCUGACCCUUGGGCUGCGGCGGCGGCGGUGCCCAAGAAGCCUAGGACCCGUGGCCUCCCUUUGGUUCCAUCGUUCCCUGUGCUUUGUGCUGAAGGUGUUCGCCCCGAGCCUUUCCAUGACGAAGCUGUUCGCGAAGCGCCUCUCCAUGCUGUGGCUUGUGCGGAUCUUAUUCACGCUUCGGAGGCUCGUGCGAGUGCUGAUCUACCUGUACGUGCUGAUCCUGAUGUCGGUCCUCACGUCCGUGCGGAUUUUGAUGUCGAUCCCCAGGCGCGUGCUGAUCUUCCUGUAUGCGCUUAUUAUGUACGUGCUCCUGAAGCUGAUCUACCUGUACGUGCAGAUCUUGAUAUCGAUUUUCCCGUGCGUGCGGAUCCUGAUGUCGAUCCCCAUGCUCGUGCUGAUCUUCUUGUACGUGCUGGUCCUGUACGUACUGAUCUUCCUGUACGUGCAGGCCUUCAUGUACCUGCAGAUCCUGCCCGUCCUGAUUCUGAACGUGCUGAUCACGUAUGUGCUGAUCUUCCUGUGCAUGCUGAUCCCGUUCGUGCUGGUCCUCAUGUACGUGCUGAUUUUCUGCCUCACGAGCUGGGCGGAGUGCCUGGUGGUCACGAUCAGCUUCCUGAUUGCCGAGCGUUUCCUUGUGGACGUGAGCUUCCUGAUGGUUGUGGCGCUCAUGAUGGUCGCGGACUUCCUGAUGUACGUGAUGGUCCAGCUGUUCAUGGUGGCCUGUGGCAUUGGCCUACUGGUGUUCCUGUUUUGUGGGUACCCUUGGACCGCGUACUGGAUGCUCUUCCGUGGUUUGGCGGUUUGGAGCAUCGCAAGGAGCUUGGGCUUCUCGUGCCCCCCGAUGGUCGUGAGCUUCCUGGUUGUCGUGUGCUUCCUGAUGUCCGUGAGCCUCCAGACGUUCGUGAGCUUCCUGAGGGUCGUGAACUUCUUGAGUUUCCAGAUGGUCGCGUGCGUCCUGACGGUCGUGAGCUUCAUGAUGCUCGUGAGCUUCCAGGUGGUCGUGAGCCUCGCGAUUCUGGUCGUGCGCUUCCUGAUGGUCUUGAGCUUCCUCAUGAGCAGGAGUUCCAUUAUGGUGCUGAUCAAGCUGUUCAAGUUGGCAAUGAGCUUCCUGCUUGUCGUGGGCCUCCUGACGGCCAGGCUCUUCCAGGUGGUCGGGUGCUUCCUGAUGAUCGUGAACUCCCUGAUGGUCGUGGGCUUUCAGGUGGUCGUGAGGACGCAUCGUGCUGCUCUGGACAAGGUGAGCCGAAUGCGCGACGAGGCGAAGCAACAACUUGAGCUCGCAGUGUCGACGCUGUUAUCGAUUAAG